AUGGCCCACACAGGGUUUCUCAAACACAUCAUUGGCUAUAAUAGGUUUGUCCAACAACAAGUUUGGAGGGCCAAUUCCACUUCCAUCUCCUAUCACAUUUUUUUAUUCCAUUGCAAAUAAUAAGAUAACAGGAAAGAUCCCCUCUUUGAUAUGCAAUGCCACCGAGCUUGAGAUCAUUGACUUGUCCAUCAACAGCUUAACGGGUAGCUUGCCUCGGUGUUUAACAAAUUUUAGCACCAAACUCUCUGUUUUGAAUUUGCGAAUGAAUUACCUCGAGGGCACAAUUCCUCAAUCGUUUUCUUCGAGAAGUAGCUUGAUGACUUUUGACUUGAGUCGAAAUCGGUUUGAAGGCACAUUGCCCCGGUCCUCUGUCAAAUGUAGACAUCUUGAAGUUCUGGAUCUCAGUGACAAUAAGAUAGAUGAUACAUUUCCAAGAUGGUUAGGAACACUCCCAGAACUAAAAGUUCUUGUUUUGAGGUCUAACAAUUUGAAGGAUCUUUUGGAAUUUCCAAGGGGAGCUCACCUCUUUCCCAAGCUACACAUUUUGGAACUCUCCAACAACAAUUUGAGCGGUCCUUUGCCAGCCAACUUGGUGAUGAACCUUAAAGGCAUGAUGAAUGGCGAAAAUGGGCAAGACAAAUCAUUGUAUAUGACACGAUAUUUCAAUAUGAUGCCAUACGAAAACUCUGUGACUGUGAUGAUGAAAGGGUUCGAGAUUGAGCUAGUCAGGAUCUUAACCUUCCUCACAAUUAUUGACUUGUCACACAACUCUUUCCAAGGGGAUAUCCCGGGAGUUAUUGGACAUCUUCACUCUCUCAUAGGGCUGAAUCUCUCUCAUAACCACUUAACAGGUUCCAGCCCUCCGACUUUGGAGAACUUGACUGAUCUUGGAUGGCUUGAUCUUUCUUCUAACAAGCUUAGUGGGGUGAUUCCUAGAAAAUUGGGAGAUUUGGCAUCCCUUGGGUACUUAAACCUCUCGGAGAACCAACUUAGCAGUCGAAUUCCACAAGAUAAGCAAUUGAGCACAUUUUCAAGCAACUUGUUCAGUGAGAAUCCAGGCUUAUGUGGAACUCCAUUGCCAAAAGCAUGCCCUAGCAAUGCUCAACCUCCUCCACCAUCGUCCUCAUCAACUUUCGACCGCGAGGGGCAUGAGAGUUGGUUCAAACUGAAAGCAAUGUGGAUGGGUUAUGCAUCGGGAAUUGUAAUUGGUAUUUCAAUAGCAUACAUUGCAUUUGAAACAGGAAGGCCCAAAUGGCUUGCGCGAGGUGUGAGGAUGCUAGAGAGGAGAGUAGCCGAGUGGAUGGAGAAGCCAAAGCGGAAGGCCAUCAAAUUUCAUGGACAAUGAAAUUGUUCGAGGAGUCUGUCUCUGUAAACUAGCAAUGUAAAUCCAAUUAAUAAAGAUGUCACCAGACUAGCUUGAAAUGUCAAUUCCCUUAUGAA